AUGUCACUUGUUAAUGCUAAGAGUAAUAAUAAAUUGAAAACAAAGUUACAAGCAUUGGUCACAGCGAAAGAUCCAACGAUUUCUUUCAUUGAACCGGCUAUCAGUCGUAGUGAUUGUUGGACAUCAUUUUCCCAAAUACAAUUAUCGAAAGUUUCCCAAGACUACGUUGUUUGUUUAUCUAGUGGAACUGUUUUGAAAUGGAUUAGUGAAAACGGUACGAAAGUAAUGAAAAAUCACAGUUGUCCGAAACAAAAUGGUAUAAGGAGUAUCACACCAAAAGGACGUCAAUGUACGACCUCAUCUUAUUGUAAAGCACAACCAAAUGAUUAUGCAGCAAUUAAACACCAACUAACAGAAGCGUGUGUCGAAUAUAGUGUUGUUGAUAGCCGUUCAUUUGAAUCUGUAUCUGGUGACGGUUUUAUCAGUUUAGCCAAACAGUUAAUGAAUGCUGGAGCAAUAUUCGGUACGGCUGUACCAGUAAAAGAAUUAUUGCCUCAUCCAUCUACAGUAUGCCGUUUAAGGGGAGUUCCUCCAUUUAGAUUUUCUUUAAACUCUCGUGGAUGCUCUUCUCGUGCAAUGAUUUCUGGUGAUAGUAAUGUAUUUAGGAAAGGGCUGAGAAUUCUGCAAACUUUGCCGAACACUUACCAAGUGGAUAAAUGA